AUGACUUGUAAUUUAGCUAGUAUUAGAAACUAUAUCACAACAAUUAUUCAUAAAUUUGCAGCAACUUAAAGCACAAUCUUAAUCAAAUUUAAAUUUACAAUCACAACAAUCACAGCAGUCACAGCAGUCACAACUGGAGCAACAAUCUGA